AUGUCCGAUUUUGUCAGAAAUCAUUAUAUCUUUACGAUCACAUCUGCCGACGAGGAUGUCUCAACCAAGCCAACGCUGAAGAAACAUUUGAAGGCCAAAGUCAAAGCACGGUUGUCAGAUCUGGAUCUGGAGUCUGACCAUAUGAGCCUUUCCACUCCUUCCACUUCUGUCCCCUCCGUCGCACACGUCCGCUACUCAGUCGCUUCCACCGACUCCGGUCAGUUCGACCCCUUCCCCGAAUUUUGGAUCGCUGACUAUCUGCAAACCCAGCGCAUCCUCUUGUACCAACAGGAGCAUCCCAAACCCCGUAUUUUCUAUUUUUGCGACUACUUGGGCUGUGGAUCAUGUCAGAGCCGUAGAGAACCAGUUUAUUUUGGCAAUGAGAAAGACAUAGAAACCACUGGAAGCCGUCAAUCCACAUGCCAAAGCAGCUCCUUCCUCACGUGGAUCACAUAUUCGUAUGGGUUUUCUAUCGACAGAGGAUCUUCAAGCUCCAGUCAUACACCUCUCAGCUGUAUAUCUGCCCUCUUCAAAGAUGCCAAAGAUGCCAAAGAUGCCUUCGAACUAUUUCCCAACUGUGGCAAUUAUGUGCUCUGCGCCCUGUUCGCUGAACCGCGCUCGAAGCCGAAACCGCUGGAGGAGGACCCAUUGGCUGGGUCAGUAACCUUGGAGGACUUUUUUAAUCUGAAUUGUGAAUUUGAAUGUGUGGCACAUCCGGACGACAGCCAUCAGUGGGUUCUGGAAGAGGACGAAGAAGAGGACGAGGAGACGGCGGAGGAGGCGGAGUCCAUCUCUGGUGAGUCGCUUUCAGGUCGCAUCGGCGGCAGCAGCGACUGCGAGGGCUACUACGAUGAGGCAGUUGGAAAAUUGCAGAAGCUUAAACCAGCUGAGUGGAUCUUCUUUCAAACGCGGUGGCCACCGCUGUUAGCGCCACAGCAAGUUUUGGACUUGGAGAAGAACUACCCAGCUCACAUUCCUCUCUGGAGAGGUUCGACCGUGAGACUCGUUAGGGAUGUUGUCCGUUUCUGUCGCCAGCAUCCCAAGUCAGAUUGUUUGCUUCUGUUGGAUCCACUGGUGAGUAAAUUCUUUGUGCAAAAUGUCGUGCUUUUAUUUAAGCAUAUGUUUUAUGCACAUUUAAACUGGCUUGCACUGGUCAGAUGUUGGUGA